CAAGGUCCCAAUGGUUCCUUCUCCUCAUCCAGCAUCACCCCUCCCAUUUAUGAUGUACAACAGUGAGGCUUUUACACAGCCACCCCCAGCUCAUAUGGGUAUACCACCUGUCCAUUUAAAUCCUAAGACAGGCAUUCCCCGAACGCCCAUGUACCCCAUACCGGGUCCAGGCCAGUACCCUCACCCUGUAUUUAGCACUGACUUCACCCAACAGUUUCAGUGGCAUACAACUGGUAUGUACCCUAUGACAUCCGCAGGGUUUCGAGGGACUUAUCCUACUAGCCUUCAAGUGACGACAGCAAGUAUACCAAGGUUUAGUCCUCCUUCUCUCCUUCAUCCGCAUCCUGGUAUACCAACUCAUCCAGGACUUCAUCACCCAGCCCUGUUGACUGCUGGACCAAAGCAUGGAGUUUCCUUGCCAUCUAUGGAGGGUAACAGGAAUCUUUCAAACUACAUGCCAGAACAAAAGUUUUUCCCAGGGAAGUGCAGUGAGUCUUCUAACAGUCGCACGACUCACAGUAACACAUCUCACCAGCGAGAAUUGGAGAAGAACUCAAAUCAUAUUAAGAAACCUCUUAAUGCUUUUAUGCUGUAUAUGAAGGAGAUGCGUGCCAAGGUUGUUGCAGAAUGUACACUGAAAGAAAGUGCAGCCAUUAACCAAAUAUUAGGAAGGAAGUGGCACAACUUGUCCCGGGAAGAACAAGCGAAGUAUUAUGAGAUGGCACGGAAGGAACGCCAACUACAUAUGCAGCUCUAUCCAGGAUGGUCAGCUCGAGACAACUAUGCAAUGAACAAGAAAAAAAAGAAAAGAAAAAAGGACAGAAGUGCCGAUGGAGCCAACAAUCCCAAGAAAUGUCGAGCAAGGUUUGGUCUGGACCAACAGAACCACUGGUGCAAACCUUGUAGGAGAAAGAAGAAAUGUAUCAGGUACUUGGAUGGAGCAGACUUUGAGGAAAGUGAAGAGAAUCUAGGAAGUGUCAGCAGCAUGGAAGCUCCCACCCCUGAUUCAAAAUGUGCAACUGAAAGUGACCAAGAUGGAAUUAACACCUCUUCUGGACUCAGUUCUUCAAUUUCUAGAGAUAUCGGUGUUAAAUCUGAGCUCAGCGAAAACGGCGUGAUGACAAGUGUGUCGAAUGGGGCACCGUUAUGUUCGACAAGUUGCCCACGGAGCAGUCAUCACCCCCUGAGUGUUCAGCACUUGACAGAGCCUUACUACAAGAAAACUCAUUUAUCCCAAGGGGACUUAGGUACUCCUAGUGUUCCCAUUCCCCCACUUCCAACUCCUCCCUCUACGGACUCCACAGCUCCAGUGACAUCCACUACCACACCUCCCAUGCUGGUCGUAAAGUGAUGUUGAUCUCUUGAGAAGUAAAAGUGUUAAAAAACAUUUUAAUAUUGUUUUGUAGAUGUCUGGUUUGAUCAAAGGUUUAUCACGCGAGUCUGCCAAUGAUAUAAAUACAGUCUUGUUCACGAUGAGAGUCAUCUGGAUACUUUAGUUCUGAACAGAAAGCUAAUCAAUACACCAUUUGUGGUUUCUGUCAAACAUGAGGUGUGUUUAUCCAUAAAAGUACAUUAUAUGUAAGAGUAUUAAAUGUGCGAUAUUUGUACCAUUAUCAGGUAACUUCAUUCCGUCAUUGGCAUUCAUCUUAAAUUAUGUUUUCUGUUCACAAUCUUUGUUUUAUUUUAUUUUUUCCUUUUUUUCUACAAUUACCUGGUAAAUGUCGCUUGUACAGACGUAGCUCAACGUGUUUAUUAUUCAUGAUAUUAAUUUUAUUAUAUUUUUUUAUAUAUCGACCCCUAAGAAAUCAACGAACCACUUCUUUAUCAGCUUAGAUCGUUGCGUGAACAUUUAGGGAGUUAGUAUAUUUCAGCGGUUCUCUAUAAUGGUUAGUUCGAUUGUUGUUUUAACAAACUUUGUGUUUACAGUGACUUCAAUUAGCUAGAAUGCAUCUUAACAGCUAGAACUUUUUAUAAAAUUGGCGGCUAAACUGACUCUGAAGUGACCACUAAAAUACUAGAUGAAACGGAUAACGUCUUUAUCAGACUUUUAUUGUUAAGUUUGAAAUUGUAAGCGAGUCUCAGUAAGAUGGCUUUUCUCUGUAGAGCUGCUUUUAAAGUUUAAUUAUUGUAGCAUUUAAAUUUCGAUGGGGAAUUUAAAGUAUCAAAAAAAAGUUUUGAAGAGAGUUUUUGUUACUGAUUUUUUUUUCAAUUUUGGGGGGUUACUUUAGUUUUAAAAACAAAACAGAAAUACUAAGUACGUACAGAAUGCCCCCCUACAGUAGCACAGCGGUAUGUCUGCGGGCUUACAUCGCAAAAAACCGGGUUUUGAUACCCGUGGUGGGCAGA